AUGGCGCUGAUCCCCUCGCAGGUUCUCCGGGUCGCCAUCCUGCUGUCUUAUUUCUCCAUCCUCUGCCACUACAAAGCCUUAGACAUGCCGGCACACCAGACCUACGGAGGCAGCUGGAAGUUUCUCACCUUCAUCGACCUGGUGAUCCAGGCAGUGUUUUUUGGAUUGUGUGUCCUGAUCGAUGUGUCCAGCCUGCUGACUAAGGGAGGCGACAGCAGGGAGCAGGAGCGGCAGCUGAGAAAGCUGAUUGGCCUGCGAGACUGGAUGAUGGCCGUCCUGGCCUUCCCUGUUGGAGCGUUUGUGGUGUUUACGUUCUGGAGCCUCUAUGUGUACGACAGAGAGCUGGUCUACCCCAAACUACUGGACAACUUCAUUCCUCAGUGGCUCAAUCACGGCAUGCACACCACUGUUCUACCCUUCAUCAUCAUCGAGAUGCGGACCACCCACCAUCGGUAUCCCAGCAGGUUGUGGGGUCUGGCAGCGGUGUGCUGCUUCGGUGUGGGAUAUAUCCUCUGGACAUGUUGGGUGCACCAGGUGACGGGCGUGUGGGUGUACCCGGUGCUGGAGCGCAUCACACCGGUAGCGCGAGUCGCCUUCUUCAGUGUGAUGAUGGCGGUAAUUGGCGUCUUCUACGUCCUCGGAGAAAUCCUCAACAGCUACAUCUGGGAGAAACAAAACACAGAAAAGGUCAAAGGUGAGUGAUCUUCAUAACCAGUUUUGGAGGACUUCUGAUGCCCCGCCCACCCAGGACAUCACCAGAAGGAAAACUUGUCUCUGGACAUGAAGAAGACACGUCCCUUUGAACUUUAUCCAUAACAUUACCCAGUAAACAGAGGAAGGCAGAUGCAUCAUCGUUUCAAUGUAAAUAAUGAGGAAAAAAAGGUUAUGAAUGAGAACGAAUCAGAGCUCAUCUUCUUGGUUUUUGUUCUUCUGUUUUUUUGUUUUCCCUCAGAGGCAAAAGCUCAGCAUCCGUGCUGCAGAUGAAGGACAAAUAUGCACAUACAUAUAUCUUUUACAGAUCAUAGGACAUAAACUCUGACAUGCGGUACACACACACGUACAGUAUGUAACACACGUGUGCAGGGAAAGGAAACACAAUAAAAGGACUUGUUUUUCUGGAAUGAGCACGUUCAGGUGAAUGAAUUUCCUCAUUAGCUUCUACAUAACUGUUGAACUGUGUUGAACAUUAUUAUUAUUCUUCAUCUUGUGCAUCGCACUACACGUGUGGAAGAAACUAGAGGUCAGUAAACUAUCAAUAAAGUC